CGAAAAUAAUUCAAGUGUGUGAGUUAGCUUUCACCUCCGUUUAUUUAAAGGCGUGCUGUUCAACACCCUGUGAAGACUCAGUGCGUAUUCUCAUGCGAUCGCGGGGCUUUUGCGAUUGCCCUCAUUGUUGUCGAGCUAAGGGAUCGCACGGACUUCUUGUUUUGACGUUGGGUACAAGGAGACGCCACAAAUUGCAGACAAAAAAGCCUGGAAGGAAGCACCAGCGGUAGCAAACCCUCAGUCCUCAUGUACGGUGGAGCGGCUCCUGCGGGACCGAACGGGUACGGAUAUGGGUAUGAAGACCCCAUGGAGGGGGCCAUGUCUGGUAUCAAAGUGAAAACUUGCUUUACCCACCCUAGAUAAAGUGCUGCGCAGAAAUGCUUUUCGUUUUCUAGAGAAAAAAUUAUCGUGCGUGCUGUACUGUACGAACUAAAACAAGAGGGCAGACAUUUUCAGUGCAGAAAUGUUUGUUUUUGGCUUUUGGUCCUCCGCAGGCCUGGUUGCGGAAGGACAGCAUGCGGGCUUCGCUCGACAGGGUUUUUAUGACAUUUGCUCUCGUUUAGGAUUGUUGUACGUACUAUAAAUAUUCUAAUUGGUAUGUCGCUCUGUGUCUCCCCUUCUUGUUGAGGUUGACACAGGCCGCCUUGUCUGAAUGUUGAUUCUAAUCCUCCUAUCAGCUAUUGAGGUUUCGCCCCACUGGGAUGAAUGUGAUCUAGCCACGGAUGUUGAAGAGGGGCGAACGCAGCCUCUGCUUAACAUGCUUUUACACCUUUUUCGAAGAGAGCUUGCUUUGCUUCAACGAACUCACAAGUGAAAAAACGAGGCAAGAACAAAAGAAGUUGGGGGUGGGUUGCGCAUGCGUUUGGCUUUGAUACCAACACGGGGUGAAAAGUGGGACUUUGGCAGCGAGGAAGCGCAAAUCAUAACUGCGCACAUGGAGGAUGAGGGCAUCAGAAAGAAAUUUGCGAUAUGCUUCAGAAAGUUUUGAGUUGCAGAUCGUAUUUUUUGGAUUUCAUGUUGCAUCCAUUUUCUGUUUCUUACCUAGAAAGAAACGAGAGAGUACUUGUAGAGCCUUGUUCCACACUGUAAGUUUCACAUGCCUUCGUAUGUGGCAGGGUCACCCUGUGUGAUGCCCCUGGAAUGUCCCCGUGGACGCAACUCAAAACUUUCUGUGCAUAGAGCAGAAAAGUCCUGGGGAUCACGACCUUGAUGCUAGGAAUUUGCAGCGCGUUGCCGCUUAUCAUGAAGCCAUGCAAGGAAACGGCUGCUCUUCUUGAGGCUACCCAUAUUGCAGCGCCCUGCAAGCACAAAUACCCCGGGGGGUAGUGAGAACAUGCAUGAGCAUGAUCACGGAGCGAUCAUAGCUAAAAAUAGUUCAUUCUAUUUUCUUUGAGCACACUGCCAACAUCAUCAUCAUUGUAAUAUCUAUGCCUGUAGGUGUAGACUGACACUUUCCUGUCACUCUGCGGACGGCCGCCUGACGGUCUUACUUACUGGUGUCCCCCUGAUAAUUGUAUUCGGAGUAUUAUAAUUAUAUCGUAACGAAAGCGAAAAAGGAAAAUGAAAAUCCGAUGCGGAUCGCAAGUCAUCGCGAUGAAGACUCACAAAGUCAAUUAUAGGAAUAUUCAUCGGCUCACUGGCUUGGUAUGGGUAGCACAUUUUUCAAGGCGAUAAUUUUGGCAUGUAGGGUACCCAAAGAUCAAGGCGAUAGAAUUUCAGAUAGCCGUAGCUGGGCGGGGGUAUCAGUUUUCAGAUGGCCAGGAGAAAUUGAACGCGGUUUAUCACACGUAAUUUCGCACUCACCAUCUUGUCGUGCGUUGCUGUGCAUGUGUCCCGUCUAGCGGCCUGUUUUUCGGUUCCGCGAGCAGCCUGUCCUGGAACAAGCAUGACAUUUGUUUCAUAUUUGUUCGACCAUCAGAGGUUGACAAGAGGUCUGAGCGAAAAUUACACACGAUACCACCUAUCGCAUGGAAAGCAUUUCUGCCCUUGCCGCAAACUUCUUUUUCCGUUCAUAGAAAUAGUCGCGCUCGCCAGCAAAAAAGUGAGCCAUGUGCGCUGAUCUUGUACUGCGCGGGAAGAACAUCCCCUUGAUUCUUUUUUCGGGUCCUGCGCUAUAUCUUCGCUGUACGCGGCGUAUUGUAACCCAAGGAAGUUUUGUUCCUCGCUGCAAAUGUAUGCAUGAUGGAGCGCCGCCCCGGGACCCAAUCGAAUCCGAAACCGCAUCGGAAUUGCGGCCACGGUGAGCAGUUUUUCACGCCAGUACUCUCCGUAAUACGUCGGAAAAAUGGAACUGCCGUGAAAAACUCCUCGUCCUUUUGUGUACUUUUUGGCGCAAGAUCACUUGUACGCGUGCUCUUUUGUGCCGCACGAUAUACAAAGCUUGGGCACAGGGAUUGAAAGGCUUUCCAAGCGAUAGUGCUGGUGGAAUGUUCAUGACGGAGCUCAAUCCGAGUGGUAUACUAUAAAGAUAGAAAUGCAAAAGCAAAUAUGGAGAAUCAUGCGAUUGUUGGACUUGGAUUUUGUGUUUGUGGGUGCUACCGCAGCCUCCACCUUACACAUUCAUACACAUCAUGUGUUGAUGAUGCUGAAGGAGUAGCAAGUUGGGCGCAGUUGCAGAAUCUUGGUGGCCUCCAAUUUUUUGCGAUGCAACGCCGCGACCCAUCCUGAUAGCUCGCGACCCAUAUUUACAGCUUUGCGCGCGACCUUGCUCGUUGCAUUGGGGCCAGAGUCGUCUUGUUUGAAGCAAUAGUCUCAGCCAGAAUAACAGGAUAAGGUUGAUUAUGUACUGAACGCGCGACGACGCCGAGGCCGACGUCUAAACCUACUGAUAUAAAUGAACCUUAUUCAUUUUCACCGCGCAAUACUUAACUUAGUAUGAAAAGGAAAAUACAAAUAAACGUCGAUUGCACCACAGGAAUCAUCCCUGAAGGUAUGCUUGCCAGCGGCAGCUCAACCCUUGCGGGCGAGUAUGCAAAAGCUCCCUCCGAGGCCUUCGUCGACGAAGUCUAUGAGACUCUGUACAAUCUUCGGCUGAUUUCCGGGCUCAUGUUUGGUGCUGGCUUCCUCAUUGGGCUUGCGACCUACUGCGCCGUGGUUUCCGGCUCUGCUGGCGAGGCACCCAAGCAAGGGGCCUGGCCUUACAUUCUCUGCAUCGUUGUUGCACUAAGCUUUGCUUUGCAGCUGCAGUUUACCGGAUGAAAAUACACAUCGCCACCGCCGUGUGUGCAGCAGGGACUUUUGAUAUGUAGAAGCUCGCACUUCACACCAGCUAUCGUCCAUGAUUUUAUCAACGGACCCAUGUUGUUCGUGUCUUAGUAAUUCUACUCUGCAACCAGUUCUUCCGAAACGGACCUCGAUAUAUUCGGAAGGCAUGCUCUCGAUCUUGAAUCGACCUCAAGUUGCGACUUCGCAGACUGCAAGCCGCACUUUUUUAGAUACAGGGGCGCUCGUGUAUUUUUCUGUUUCACCACCUUCACCUGCUUCUUUGAAGCGACCUCGGCGGUUUGGAUCUCCGUGGUAAUCGCCUCUGUGACGGUGCUGUUGCUCUUCGUUUUUUCUGUCGCGAUUGACCUGACCGGCGGGGCGCUCUGGAUUUCUGGGCUAGUUAUCUCAUUGCUCAUGGCCGCUAUUGCUGUCGCCGUCGUCUGCUCCGGUUACGCCGGGGGCGAGGAGGGAAAACAGUACCUAGCUACUUUUUUGUUCUGUUUCAUUUUCUUUUCAUCUCGGCCCGGGUCAGACAGCAGCUUUGGCGGUGCUAAGGAGUGUGUAAGUCAAAGAAACUAUAUUACAGUCUAGUGCUUAUUGAUGCAGCGAACUAAUCUGUAUUAAUAUUUUCGUAAACAUAUAAUUAACCAGCGUCGGGACGGUGACGAUUUUUGUGUUUUCGAUGGCCAGUUUCGCUUUUGUGGUCUACAUCUUGUACGGAUUUCAGCGAAUCGUCGGAGGAAAGAAUCAGCAGCACGAGUUCUGGGUGGACAAAAUUUCGAGCGAUGACUACGCGCUUGCGGCGGCACUGUCCUUCGCGCAUUUUUUCAACCUGUUUGUAUGGAUUUGGCGAGCAAUCAGAGGCCCACCCCCGAAAGAUGCAGCAACGGAAUGGGCAGCGAGGAGCCGAUUGUCGGGGAGGUUUCGCACAUAGAGAAAUAUUUAUGGUUUGAAAAGGAAAUCACUUCUUUGCCCAUCGUUUCUUUUUUUCGGUACUUUUAGAGUGGAUGGGUAUAAUAAUUCAGAUCGCGAUGUCAGCACGACCCGAGACCAGAACGCAUAUAAAAGAAGCACGCCUGUGUAUAGCAAUUCUCAUGCCUCGCCGGCUGUCCAGCAUUGAGGCAAAUAGAUGUAACAAUUUUCUGUCGAUGGUAGGUAUUGCAUGCUGGUCCCAGCACAGGACCGCACAUGUAUUUGAAUUUACGUGACGUGGUUCGUAGUUCUUGGGACCGCUGCUGCCUCACAAAGGUGCGCUCGCUGCGUCGCGGUAUGACGGGUCAGCUGAUCUUUACGGCGAAAACUCGGCGGCCAAACAUCGAUGAUUCUUCCUUCAAUAUCGCACCCUCCAGCUUUUGUGUGUGCUAUCUAAUUACAACUUAGCAUAGCUACAAUUAAUUUAACAGGAUACUUUCCUGCUACAGUACGCUUCUCUUUCAGCGCAAGGGCAAUAGUAGCGAUCGCGCGCAUGAUAAUAAUUCCCAUUGAUUCGCCCGACAUCUGCAUAUCGCUAUACUUGGCGGUGGGUGUUGGCUGCUUUCAGUCCUCGCAAGGCUUUAUGGGCUUCCUCGCCCUGUUUUCGUCGUUUCACUCUGUUACAUGCUGAAAGAAUCUCGUCAUCGCUCGGUGCCUCUUACGUGAGCCCCUCUAUAUCUGC